AUGCUUUCCAUAUAUGUCACUCUUUUUUUCAUCGCAUUUUUAUUUAAAACGGUGGCGGUGGUUGAAUCCAUACCCAUUCAUCAAUCGGGCGAGAAACAACGUUAUAUCGUGGUUCUUAAAAAUGCACCAAUCACAGACUCGCCCACACUAUCUGCUGAAUCUUUGCAGCCGCCGUCGAUGGAUUCCGUAUAUAAAACCCAUAUAUCUUGGAUCUCCGAAGUACACAGUUCGUCGAGUGUAUCAUCCGCAGCCGACCCUAAUGUUACGCUCGAUGUAAUAGAACGAGAAUAUGCAAUUGGAGAUAAUUUCAGGGCUUACGCCGGAUUGUUCGAUCCAAAAUUUGCUGAGCUCGAGCUACCAAAACGUUCUGAAGUCGAUCAUGUAUCCCUAGAUUCCGAGGUUUCGGUUAAGAAUGUUGCUUAUGAAAAUUUUGAUAUUGAAAAGUAUUUGGAAAAAGAUAAUAAAGAGGAUGAGGAAGUUAAUGCUUUGAAAUUUGGAAAGAGAACCCAACACAAUCCGACGUGGGCAAGUCAUUAUCAAAGGAAAUUACCUUUAGACGGGAAAUAUGCUUCGCCCGUAUCUGGAGGUCGUAGAGUGAACAUUUUUGUUGUAGACACUGGAAUAAAUAUAAACCACACAGACUUUCAAGGGCGAGCGUCGUGGGGCACAACGACCAUCAAGGGUUCAUCAAAUAUUGAUGAAUAUGGACAUGGCACUCAUGUGGCGGGGAUUAUUGCAGGGAGGAAAUAUGGGGUUGCCAAGGCGUCAAGAGUUAUUGCGGUCAAAGCUUUGGGAAAGACUGGAUCGGGCUCUUGGAGCGACGUCAUUGCUGGCUUAAGUUGGGUUGGUGAGCAACAUAAAAUUGGCACAAGAAAGAGCUCUAUCGUCAACCUCUCGUUAACCGGCAAAUAUUUUCCGCCGGCAAAUGCAGCUGUAAAGGCAUUAACGGAGAUUGGUGUUCAUGUUAUAGUAGCUGCAGGGAAUUAUUUUGGUGCCAAUUCGUGUUUUUUCUCUCCGGCAUCUGCACCCGAAGCUAUCACCGUUGGAGCGACCAACAUUAACGAUACGAUUGCUAAGUUUUCCAAUGUAGGUCCAUGUGUUGAUUUAUUCGCCCCAGGACAGAACGUAACAUCAACGUGGUUAGAUAACAAUGUCAAAAUGAUGUCAGGCACAAGUAUGGCGUCACCACACGUAGCUGGGGUGAUAGCUUUGAUGAUAAGCUCACGGGAAAACAAGUCACCCGCACAAAUGAAGACGACGAUUAGGGACAUGUCCACCCUGGGUAUGUUGAAAUUUGAUGAAAAUCCAAGUUUGAAAGCUCACAAUUCCUUACUGUACUUGGGUAGUCCAUCAUAUUUAUAA